AUGGUCGUCGGAAUCGUAGGAAUGGAAGGGAUGGUGGGCAGUGAAGUGGCAGGCAGCGGAGGAAGCGACACCUUUGGAAUGGCGGGCAUGGUGGGAAGGGACGGAAUCUGGGUGCUUGGCAGAGGCGGCAACGUGGGCUUCGGCAGAGUCGGGGCUGUUGGCAAUGUUGGCAUUGCCGGCAGUGGAGGCAGUGUGGGCUUAGGGAGAGAUGGGAUUGUAGGCAAUGUUGGUGCUGAAGUUUGGAGCAGGUGGCGGGCUCCGAGGCUCAUUUGGAUGCUAGAAAUUGGUGGUGGAGAGAAAAAAGGAAUAGAAGGGAUGGUCGUCGGAAUCGUAGGAAUGGAAGGGAUGGUGGGCAGUGAAGUGGCAGGCAGCGGAGGAAGCGACACCUUUGGAAUGGCGGGCAUGGUGGGAAGGGACGGAAUCUGGGUGCUUGGCAGAGGCGGCAACGUGGGCUUCGGCAGAGUCGGGGCUGUUGGCAAUGUUGGCAUUGCCGGCAGUGGAGGCAGUGUGGGCUUAGGGAGAGAUGGGAUUGUAGGCAAUGUUGGUGCUGAAGUUUGGAGCAGGUGGCGGGCUCCGAGGCUCAUUUGGAUGCUAGAAAGUGAUAAAAUUAGGAUCAAAGACAGGAUGGAACAAUGGUUGAAAGAAGCCAUUGUUACGCUAAAGCAAAAGUAUAUGUAA